ACUGCCAGAUUGGGACUGGCAAUGCGGAGGUGAGAACUUUUACGAGGUAACAAGGCAACGGGACUUGGGGGUGCAGACGUCGGACCAGCGGUAAGGCCAAUGGAGCAUCGACAUCGGCUGUAAGUUAAGAGUGUGCCUGCCUCCUCUCUCUCCUUCCACCGCUUGCGUUACUGGAUGGAUCAGAAGCCGUUGGCUGUACCAUCGUACGUUGCACUAGCGUUGUAGACAUUGCGGGUGUCUGGAUCAGAAGAAGCCAGGGAGGCGUUCUAGGAAGUCGUCCAGAGGGACCUGCCAUGAGAGAAGAGGUGUCCUGCACCAGCUCCCCGGAAGGGGGACUGGGGGCCAGCGAGGAGGAGCUGGAGCGGGGCUCCAAGAAGACCCCGCAGCAGGGGAACCGCAAGCGCUCCCCGUUCCCCAAGAAGGACAGCUUGGGCCGGGGUCCGGAGGAGCCCGUGGGGCUGAGCCCCGGCGGGCUGCUGCCGGCCGCCGGCCCCAAGCGCCUGAAGAAGAGCCCCACGGCGGUGGUCUCGCUGGCGCCCACGCCGCUGGGGCCCGGGCCGGAGCAGCCCUACGAGGACCUGCACACGCAGCGCGUCAUCGCCAACGUGCGGGAGCGGCAGCGCACGCAGUCGCUGAACGACGCCUUCGCCUCGCUGCGGAAGAUCAUCCCCACGCUGCCCUCGGACAAGCUGAGCAAGAUCCAGAUCCUGAAGCUGGCGUCGCGCUACAUAGACUUCCUCUACCAGGUGCUGCAGAGCGACGAGAUGGACGCCAAACUGGCAAGCUGCAACUACCUGGCCCACGAAAGACUGAGCUACGCCUUCUCCGUCUGGAGGAUGGAGGGGGCCUGGGCCAUGUCGGCCAGCCACUAG